AUGUCUUGGGCAAGUGCCCUCACCAGCGUCGCCUCCUACGCAGUCUCCCCCGUCAUCCUAACUAUCAAUAUUCUGCUGGCCGUGCUACGAGCGCUCGCAACUCCCUGGAUACAUGUGGUACACUACAUAUUCCGUAUUUGGGUCCUCUUACCACUGCACAUCUUGUCCAAAUUCGAGCCGCUCUUAAUCUUCCUCAGCGUCGCUGGUGCCCUUGGUGUCACGGCGGGGAUAUCUCUACAUUUCUCGUCAGGAUAUAUGCAUCAGCUGCUUGAUAUCCGUACUGGAGGCGAGGACAACGACUACACAACCAAAAAGGGAAAAUUUGUAGUUGAUAAUGGUAGCAGCAGUAACAACAAUCUAACCCACCCACGCCAAAAUCCCAGGGACGGCAGGAUGUAUACCACUUCGGCGGGCUCUAGCAGGGCAUCCUUAAGGGAUAUUAUGACGGCGCAGAAUAAGCCUUGGCUCGCCAGAAAUAGGAAUGAAGAGCAGACCGCGAUGACGAGCUUGUGGCAAGUACCGGCGUUUAAAAAUGAGCGGAAAGAGGAGACGAAAAGGGAUGAUGAGAGCGAGAUAGAGAGUGAGCAGGUACCUAGGGGGGAGAGAGAUAGGGAGGACUUACUUGCCACGAUAAUUCUGGAGGAGGAAGAGGAUGAUGAUUAUGGUGAGGGUGAGGGUGAGGGUGAGGGUGAGGAGGAGGAGGAGGAGGAUAAUGAGAUAUAA